AGGAAAAUAACGAAAACCUUCAGUCAGGAUCGUAGGUCACCGUGCCACUAACCGCCUACGUUUCUUGCAUAUAUGAACUUGUUCUGUAUACCCUUAUACCCUCGUAUCGUAUUCCUCCUGCGUGUGGUUACCCAGUUUUUGUUUAUUUGUUUCAUUCUUCAGGACUAAUAUGACAUCUUACGCUUUGCAUAUUCAUCUUUGGACUAAAUAUGUUGUUUUGCCGUAAUUUAACACCUCGGAACUUGUGAUAGUUUUGUGUUUUAAGAACGUAAGUUACUAACAAGUGGAGUUUCAUCGGCGUAAGAAUUCAUUUUGCUGCAGAUCGAUAAGAUGGUCGCUGCUGGUUAAGGUCAACAUUCUUCAAUACGAAGCUCUCGUUUCGUGGUCUCUACUGGUAUUUGAGAUUAGCGAUGUAAAAAGAAACAAAUGCCUAUUGAAUAAAACUGAAAAAUCAUUUAUGAACCUCAUGAUGACACAGGCCAACUUGUGAAGUGCGUACUUUAACACACAAAACAUCUGUGCUUGAAAGGACAAUUGAAAUUCAUUUAGACAAAUAUCUUGUAUUUUCAAUUACGUGUUACUUUUUUAUCAAUCUCGUUCUGCUACAUUAAUCUUUUGGUUUUACAUAGGCGAUUUACAUGGAAUUAAGGGAACUGAUAAGGCAUCAUCCAAUGAAUUACGAGUCAGGGAAUCACGUGUUAAUGACGUCGUCUCCUUAGCAACCAUCGCUCCGCCUUCCCAAUGUGCUUAGCAACCGUAAACAAAACAGGCAGGUGGUCAGAGUAUUUGGUGGCAAAAGUGACUUGUGGAUUGGGGUUCUCCAAUGGAGUCCUAGGAGUUUUUCGUUCGUUGAACAGUCACGGCAGCGUGCGUGUACAUUUUAGAACGGAGUUCGUCAAUUCUCUGUUGAUUGUUCAUUGCUGUGCCCUAAGAGAUGAAUGAAAUGGUCCGGUGUUUGAAUUAUACGGAGUUAUGUUUCGUGGAUAUGCGACUGCUUUCGUAACUUCAGAAUGAGUGGAAAGAGAAAACCAUCGCCAGAAUCAUCGCUUACAUUAAUAUCACCAAACGCGUUGCUACUAUCGUCACCUUUCUGCACGUACCCAUUUUAUGGCGACGAUGAUAGAAAUUCGAGUAAGAACAACGGUGGAACAAGUUUCUUGAAGUUGAAUCAACAAAAAAUUAGAGAGUUGACAAAAUCAACAAAGAUUGUUCAAAGACCGCAAAAACAGAAGGCUGUGUUGUCGACGAGGUCGAAAACAUUCGAUUCGAUUCCGCCAUCUUUGGAAGUAAAUAACAAUCCCUUCCCUCCUUCAUCGUCGCCGUUUGAUUACGACAGCGUUCAUUCUCCUGGGGGAGUGAGUAACGCGUCAUCUGAGGGGCCCACUUAUGUGCGCACGCCGGGAUUCGAACACCACGCCCAAGAAUUCGAAAUCCAGAGGAAAAGACAGCAGUGCUCGAAGUCACACGCUCCUUUCGCGUCGCGCGUGGACGAACAGUUGAGUUGCAACGACCAGGACGCCGCGUGCGGUCAGGAACACGUUAGGAGCAGCAGCAAGGCGUCUCAGAAUGGUUCUGUUUCGAAUGCUACAAGUAAGAAGAAGAAGAGUGUGGUCUUCGGAACGUCGGAUGGUAAACAUGAAACUGAGGCGGUCAAAAAGACGGAUCCAUCUCAGCAGACGACAUCGAAACAUAAACCAAAGAAAGAACCUCUACCGAUGAAGUUGCGGGCUUUGCCUCAGUCAUUCUGGCAGCAGCCGAACAACACGAACUCCCUGUCGCCCGGGGCGGUCUACCCGGUCCUGCCGCCUCUUUCCUCGUUCGGUGCUGCCAAAGACGACGUGGAGAGCGUCGCUGCAGGUGUGAGAUCGACGUCUCCCCCCGAGGACGGACUUCACCCUCUGCGGGAAGUGAGCGUCGCAAACACAGAUCUGCUCUUCAGUCUCUUCAGAGGAAUCGAAGAGGAGCAGCCGAGAGUGACUGUAGUUCGCAGAGGAAGACCGAAGAAGCCCCCCUCCACCGUGCUGACGAGGGUUCUACGAGACGACGACCCUUGCCUGGUCAGCGCAGUCACCGAGUCCAUCCUGCCACUGAUCCCUGACAGGACUGGGUCAGGGUCUCACGCGUCUAGGCUUGCUCAGGGACAACAGGUCCUGGCCAUGGUUUCUCUGAAGGACGGUGACAAGUCGUUGUCGCUGCCCUCUCUGAACGUCGAACACAACUAUUCGCAGAUUCUGUCCGAGCUCGUCAUAAAACUUUAAAGCCGCCAGCGAGGAAUUCUCGGUCUGAACUGAGUUUGUAUUAUCAACGAGCUAGGCAGUCUCUUUCCUAGAAAAUGUCUGCAAGGUGAUAAAGAGUAGGGAUAAGGAAGGCGUCGUUCCACGGAUGGUCAGGUCUUGAAAGUUAAACGAACAUGAAUGGUGUACCACAUUGAACUGGAGACGUAAUAAUUAUUUCAGUUUGCUGUAGUAAUAUUGUUUACGUUGUCUUGUUCUGUAACAAUGUAGAGGUGUCUGUACAUUGUUACACGUCACGUGAGACUCCUUUGCUGUGUUAUCGGGCUCUCGUAAGAACACGGAUCAGUACAGAGAGAAACUGACAAUCAAGAAUUCUUAGACCGAGAUUCGAAUCCACUAUCAUACUCUUUGCUUUCGAUCAGUCGAAAGUACGCGACCAAAGAGACUGGCCGAUUUCGUCUGUGGCUCAAAAACUCGAAAGACGGUUCUUAAAGCGAACUGCCUUUAACCUAACGUACAAAUAUAUUGCUUUAUAAUGCAUAGUGUGAUACAUCUGUUUAUAGUCAAUAAACAAAUAGACCUAUAGUCACUACACCCAUUGAAGGAAAGCGAUAAAUAAUUGGGACCAAUGAAGACGAGCGAUCGAUUACUUUAUGAAAAAUUCUUAUCCCGUGGGAAUAAUUGCGAACUACUUUUUUCGAUUUUAUAGUUUAUUGAAAGUGAAUCCGCCCUCACACGUUGACGUAAGAAGCAUAUAAACGUGUUUAUUCUGUAAAGAGUUAUUCUUGGCAGUAAGCCUUUAUGCAAUUAGAAAUUAACGAUACUGCCAACGGAUGUUAAUUGAUUAACAGUUUAAUAUUAGUUGAUUAAUGCCUAAAUUAUGUCUAUCAUCGUUUACAAAAAAAAAAGUUUUUAAUUAUCAAAUGUACACUAUUACCUUAACGUGUUAUUAAAAGAACAUUAAUACUCAUAUAUAGUUAUUUAUUAAUCUGUUAAUAUAUAAAAGAAAAUAAUAGACUAUUACAAAUUAAUCGAAAAUUAAGAUUCGGAUAUUUUUUGAGUUCUUCUUUCGCCAUAGACUCAACCAGUUUUGGUUUCACUACUAUUAUCGUAAUUAUGACGACUAUUUUAUAAAAUGGCGGCACGGACUUAAAAUGUCUUCUACUGCGGAUUUGUAGUUUACUGUAUUCCCGCACUGACUUUGCUGAUCUUAGACAAGCUUCGGGUAAGAAAUAAGGCAUGAGUAUUGUGGAUCUCUGUGAAUUUAUUUAAGAUACUUUCCAUCAGUUUAAUAUCUCUGGAGGCUGUUCCAAAAACAUGCACUAUUAUAAAUUUGUAAAGCACGUGGUACAUAUAAGUACCGCUAGGUUUUAAGGUGUUAAGGAUUGUUUUCACGAAAAGCGAAACCAGUGUGACAGUACCUGUGUGUUGUACAAAAUGUUUGGAAAAAUGUGAAAUCAGAAAGAAAGUAACACGAUGUUGUGACACUACGUAUUUAUAUUAUAAUAUUCAACAUCAACUUUCCUUUUUGUUAUCACAUUAUAUUUACGCAACUGUUUACCCACGUUAUAAACGUAGCAUAGUUUAUUUGUUAAAGGGAUUUAAUUGUUUUUUAUAAAUGUGAAGUUCCUCUUAGAUUAAUGACAGAAACUUCAGAACAUCAAAAGAAACACUUUCUGUUUUGUUAACAAAAUAAUUGUCAAAGUUACAUCUCUAGGCUGGAUUUUUAACUCUCAAGCAGCUAUUUAAAACGCUUAGCAAACGCCCAGUGGACAAUUUUCAGUUAUAAAAUCCAAUUGGCUUGCAAAUAAGCAUAAUUAUCUGUGAAUAAUUUUGUCUUGUUCGAAAAAUGUAAGUUGAGUAGCUCGUGACGUAGUAUAAAUCUGUUUAAAAAUUGCAUUCACAGUGGUUUUAUAAGCCCGACGCUUAAACCACUCCAAAAUCCACAAUUUGACCUCGUAUUGAAUUUAUUCUAAGCUCUUUCCCAUAUCUAGAGGUCAUUUUUGCUAAAACCGAAAAAUGACUGCUAAACCAAGUGGUAUUUUCGUUUUAUGGUCUUCAAUUACUUUUAAUUACAAUUGUUUUUAUACGCAACUCUUUAUGUCCUUUUGAUGGACUGAAGUUACGUAAAUGUCUUCACUGAUUAAAGAAUAUUUCUUCCGUAGAAAUAUAACGACGUCUCGGUGAAUAAUUUCGUCGUGUAAAAAUAUGGUUGUUGGCCGAUUUGUGUAAGGAGGGUGUUAAAUGUGUGUUUGUGUGUGUUAAUUUAGAUUGCAGUGUUACCAAAUCACACUUGUGUUUCUUUUAUAUAUAAUACCGUGACACCUUGACUGUGGCACAUCCUGUCUGCAGCACAACUCUGACAAUCGCUUUGGGAUUGAAUACUGACUAUUGAAUAAGAUCCGUCCAUUUUUGCAAAUACUGUGAUGACUAAUUUAAAUAUUACUUUAACAUUAGUUAAGAGAUUUAUUUUGAGUGCUACUUGGCUUUUGAUGUAUAAUAAUUUUAAGUAGAAACUGAAA